UCAACAACGGAAAAAGCAAAAUAACCGAAAUGAGGCCAGUGUUGUUGAAUGGUCUUGAAUGCUGAGCCUCAUCUCCUCGUGUCAGGUGUCUGGAGUCAGUGUAGGUCAACCGCGUGUCAGCUAACUGAAAGUGAAACUAAAAACAUAGCAGCUAACCCACGCUGAGUUUUAGCAUCUUAGCUAACCGGCGACCGUGAGGGGAAACACACAGAUCAGACUCGGCUCCUUGCAGUCGGCCCUUCCAUCAGAGGAACAUGAGUGAGGUGGCGUCAUGUGGAUUAUUCAUUCUCGUGUUCGAUGCGGUGCUGUGCUCGGCGCUGUGGGCCGGACUCGUGCUGCUGAAGUGCUCCGGCUGCGGUGGACUGGCAGGCGUGUGGGCCUUCGGGGCAGUAAAGUGGGCCGUUCUCCGUGUUUUCACCUCUGUGCUGACUGGUGGAAGGUCUCAGGCUGUGCUCUGCAGGCUGGUGGCGCUGCUCUGCCUUCUUUCUCCUGUGUUUGAAAGUGGACGGUUCCUGAUGGCGCCUCCUUCAGAGCCUUACACGGGACCAUCCACUGACCUCAGCGUGCUGCUCCUGGGCCCGAUAUCCUCAUCGCUGGCCUGUGUGGUUUGGGAAAAGGGCCUCUGCGGUGAUGGAAAGAUGAGAAAGGACAACAAUAAACUGGAUGCCAGGAGCUUGCUCAUGAGGGUGCUGAAAUACUUCAAACCAGACACCCUUUACCUGAUUGCAGCUUUCAGUUUCCUCAUCUUAGGCGUCUUCUGUGAUUCAUUGAUCCCAUUGUAUCAGGGGAAGGUGAUUGAUAUGCUCAGAGGUCAGGGGGCUCAAAUCAGCUUCUGUUAUGCAGUUGGACAGCUGGCGCUUGUCUCUCUUGGAAGCGCUGUGUUCUCUGGCUUAAGAGGAGGAAUAUUUAUGUGCACCCUGGCCAGACUGAACAAGAGGCUGAAGCAUCUGCUGUUUCACACCCUCCUGCAGCAGGAAGUGCACUUCUUUGAGGAGAACAACCCCGGGCGCCUUUCCUCCCGCUUGCACUCUGAUGUGGACAGGAUGGGCCGCACGGUAGCGCUGAACGCCAACGCAGCGGUCCGCAGCACAGUCAAAACCUGCCUCAUGCUCACGGUGAUGUUACACCUGUCCUGGGAGCUCACUGUGCUCACCUGCAUUGAGAUGCCACUCUUGGCCAUCUUCCAGAAUAGAUACAUCACCUGGUCCAUGGAGCUGAAAGAUCAGAUCCAGGAGUGUCACGCUCAGAACAAAGACCUGGCUUUCCAGACCAUCAGUGGGAUUCACACAGUCCGCAGCUUCAGGGCAGAGACACAUGAACAGAGGAGGUACGGAGAGGCUCUGCGCCAGAUGUGCGCUGUUAAGAGACGUUCGGGACUCUUCAGUGCGGUCUUCCUCUUAAUACGCAGGCUGGUGAGUCUGGGGAUAAAGAUACUGAUGCUGGUGCAGGCCCGCAGUCUCAUCUCGUUUGGUCGCCUCAGCAUCGGUAGUCUCGUGUCCUUUUUCUUGUACCAGAACCCCAUGUCGAACAAUUUAAGGGAGAUUUUGUAUUGCUAUGGAGAGACGAUGUCCACAGUCGGAGUCAUCUCCAAGGUCUUCACUUAUCUCGACAGAAGACCGGCGUGUCAGAAGGAGGGAGAGUUAGCUCCUGAGAAGCUGGAGGGAAGAGUUGUUUUCCAGGACGUCACCUUCACAUAUCCCUCAGCUCCUCAAAAUAAACCAGCGCUGAAGUCCGUUUCUAUGGAGCUGAAGCCUGGAAAGAUGACAGCACUGGUGGGCCCCUCCGGCAGUGGAAAGACCUCCUGUGUCAGCCUCCUGAAGAGGCUGUAUGAGCCUCAGGAGGGGCAGAUCCUGCUGGAUGGAGAACCACUGCACCAUUACAAACACAAAUACCUCCAUCAAAAGGUGGCCUUGGUAUCCCAGAAUCCUGUGCUGUUUUCUGGGUCGCUGAGAUACAACAUUGAAUACGGCCUGAAGGACUGCACUAUUGAGAAAGUGAAAGAAGCUGCAAAGAAGGCCAACGCAGAUGAGUUCAUCUCUAAACUGGAGAACGAAUAUGACACAGAUGUCGGGGAAUACGGUGGCAGACUUUCAGAUGGACAGAGGCAGUGCAUCGCCAUCAUCAGAGCUCUGGUUCGAGAUCCGCAGGUCAUCGUACUGGACGAGGCCACCAGCAAACUGGACGUUGAAUUGCAGCACGCUGUGCUGCAGGAGGUUCUGUCUUGUGGUCGGACGGUCCUCGUGGUGGCUCAUCAACUGAAGACUGUGGAGAAGGCAGAUCACAUCAUCUUCAUAGAGAAGGGGGCAGUUGUGGAGGAGGGGACGCACCAAGAACUCAUGGCUAAAAGAGGACGCUACCAUCGCUUGAAAGAGGAGCUCUUCUCUCAGCUCUGAGAA